CAAACACAGGACACCCAGUGGAUCACACACACACUUUAACACACACACACACACACACACACACACACACACUUGUGUGGAGUAUCGGAUUGGACGGACGGCACCUGUCCGACUCUCUCUCUCUCUCUCUGCUCAGAGAUCUGACCGGUCGUCCCUAUGUGUGGAUGGGACCAGAGCUACACGGCGACCUCUCAUAGCUCGGCCAUGUUGACCAGUGAGGGGGCGCACGCCAUGGAGCAGGACGACACGCACCACGGAGCCAAGAUGGCCUCCGCCGCCACCACCAGCACCAGAGCUGAGACGACAGCGGCGAACACGGACAUGGAUGUGGAGAUGGAGGAGGCGGAUAUGACCCGGUGGACGGAGGCGGAGUUCGAGGAAAAGUGCACAUACAUGGUCAAAGACACAGCGUGGGAGGCGGGGCCUGACGCCGUGACGACAACCAGAGCCGAGGCCUCACUACCCAGAAACCUGGUCUUCAAACACCCGGCCGACAGCAAGGAGGUGGUCGGCGUGUGCAGCAGGGAGUACAUCCCCAAAGGAACCCGCUUCGGCCCCCUGGUGGGCGAGAUCUACACGGCCGACAGCGUUCCCAAGGACGCCAAUCGCAAGUACUUCUGGCGGAUCUACAAGGGCCAGGAGUUCCACCACUUCGUCGACGGUCUGGAUGAGACUCGCUCCAACUGGAUGCGCUACGUGAACCCGGCCCACUCUGCGGCCGAGCAGAACAUCGCGGCGUGCCAGAACGGCAUGGAGAUCUACUUCUACACGGUGAAGCCCGUACCCGCCGGCGCCGAGCUGCUCGUCUGGUACUGCCACGACUUCGCCCGACGUCUCCACUACCCGCCCUCCGGAGAGCUGAUGAUGCAGAAACUAAAACAGUCUCUCCUGGAGGUGAAGCAGCAGCAGGUGAGCAGUGAUGAGCGUUCGAUGGAGGCCUGCAGCCCCUCUCCCUCCACCGUCGCCAUGACCCCCACCCCCAACCCGCCCAAGAGGGAACACAGCGUCCUCUCCAUCCUUCGCGGCACCACCUCCUCUUCAUUGCCGGUAAAAAUGGAGCCCAGCCGGCCGCUCCCCACCCGCCCGCACUGCGCCGACAGCCCCGAGCGCCCGCUCUACCCCCGCCCCCUCUACCCGAGUCUCAGGCCACAGCAUCACACCCCUGAGGACUUCCUUGUUCACAAACCUGGCCAGCUCGGUUACCCCGCCACCCGUUCCCCUGGCAACCAGUCCUCGGCCACGCCCAGCCCGUCGGCGAGGAGCAGCCCGGACAGCAGCCCUCAGGGGAGCCCCUCGGGUCCGGCUUCCUUCUACCCCUCCUACCCCGGUUACUCCCCGCCCCCUACCCCGCUCUCCUCAUCCUUCUACCCUCCAGGCGCCCCUUACUCUCGCUACCUCCUCCCCCAUCACUACCCUCUCCCUGGCGGUCCCGCGGUAUCAGGAAUCUUCCCCAGGAUGUACCCCUUCUACAGCAGCCUCAUUCCUCCUCACGUGCCCCUCCUGCCCUCCGACUCAUCCGGGAGGCGCUUCCUGAUGCCCGACCACGUCCACCCGGCCUCCAUCUCUGCGCACAGGGAUUUCCUCCUCCCCCGGCCCACCAGUGCCUUCCAGGCGGCCACCUCUCUGAAGGACAAAGCGGCGCCUCACCACCUUUACCAGGGGCACCACCACCCACACAGACCCACCCACGCCCCCUCCAGCGGCUCACCGACAGCGGGUACAGCGCCUCCCAACGAGCGUUUGCCCACCAAGCCUACCUCCGCCCUGCUGGGAAACGGCAGCGACCAUUGCUCCGACGAUGAGGCCAUCAACCUGAGCAAGGUGAAGCGAGGCCCGGGCUCGGCGGGCUACAAGGCGCUGCCGUACCCGCUGAAGAAACAGAACGGCAAGAUCAAGUACGAGUGCAACGUGUGCAGCAAGACCUUCGGACAGCUGUCGAACCUGAAGGUUCAUCUUCGAGUCCACAGUGGAGAGAGACCCUUCAAAUGUCAGACCUGUAACAAAGGCUUCACCCAGCUGGCUCACCUGCAGAAACACUUCCUGGUCCACACCGGGGAGAAGCCGCACGAAUGCCAGGUUUGUCACAAGCGCUUCAGCAGCACCAGCAACCUGAAGACUCACCUGCGCCUCCACUCGGGGGAGAAACCCUACCACUGCAAGCUCUGCCCCGCCAAGUUCACCCAGUUCGUCCACCUCAAGCUGCACAAGCGGCUGCACUCCCGCGAGCGCCCGCACAAAUGCCCCCACUGCCACCGCCACUACAUCCACCUGUGCAGCCUGCGGCUCCACCUGAAGGGCUACUGCCCGACCGCCACCGGCCAGGCCGCCACGGAGGAGGUGCAGCGCGCCAACGAGGAGAUCGAGCGCUUCGACGUCAGCGAGCACGCCGAGCAGCUGGAGCAGCUGCAGGGAGGGGCGGAGGUGGAGGCCGUGUUGGAGAAGCAGGUCCUGGGGAUGCUGUGGAGGGAGCCCGACCUCAAGUCCCACCACUUCCACCCCCACCACAAGGGCGGCGCCACUGACCUUCUGUCGGUGGGUUACGGCGCGUACGAGUCCCCGAAUGAGACGUCGGUCAUCAAGAUGCGGCGAAGCGGCACCAUCAUGUCGCUUCCCGCCAACGUCACCGUCAAGCAGGAGUCGGAGGAUCACGCAUAAGUGACCUUUUGAACCCGAGAGACAAAGAGUCAAGACUGACACGACUCGAGGCGGACUUGGUUGCCAGGAGCAACGGCUGUAAAUACAUAAUUCUCUACCUGGUUGUCAUCAGGAGUGACGUCACGAUCACACCAGGUUUUUCAACCUAUCAGGGACUCGCGUACUCAGGGCUCAAGAGACACUGUCCCAUGACUACUUAGCGGUUUAUUAUCCUUAGAGACAAUCAUCUACCCAGACCUUUGAUGUAAUUAAUAUAAUGCUAUUAUCAUUAUUGUUGUUGUAUUAUUUGGUCGCUAUUUUUCAAAUGUCUUUGAUUUUUUUUGAUUUUUUUGAUCAAUUAGUUGUUAUAUAACCUCCUUAAUUUAUUACACUUUUUAUUUGUUGUCUUCAAAAGCAAUAAGUGGAAGGGAUGGUUACACUGACGGGGUGAAAUCAAUGUAUUUUUCUGUCAAUGUUAUUUAGUUUUUUUCUCUGUGGCCAUUUCUCUGUAGAUAGUCACUCUCUCUACGCCUGUAUCCGUCCGUCCUGCGACCUCUGACCUAUAGAACCAGGGGUGUCCACUCUUCAGGGUUUUUUUUUCUAUUUAAAUUAAGAAACCAAACAUAGCAGGUUAAAAAAAAAAAAAAAAAGGGUUGAAAAACUUGCCAAAGUGCGGCACAUACUUUUUUUUUAUUUAGCAAGAAGAGCUUUAUUUCAACCGUGCUUGACAGCUUCCCUAACGUAUGGCUGUGUCCUUUUUCUCUGAUGCCUAACUUAAUUUAAUUUGAAACAAAAAAGGGCAUUUUUUUUUUUUCUGUGUAUAUUUUUCACAACGGUUACCUCAGUGUGCAUGUGACGAUAUGAGUGCGUUUGUUUGUAUGUUUGUGUGUUUAAAGGGACAGCUAAAGGUGGGAGCUUUUUUUAUUUAUUUGCGAUUUUGCUACUUGAAGAAGAAGAAAAAGAAGAAGAAACCAAAACUGAACUGGAGUGCAGCUCCUCAUGUGGUCCAAAAUGAGCGGCACAUCCCGCUCAAACAUGUAGCACAUAUACUGGACUCGGGAGUCUGGCUAGCCCCCCCCCCCCACUCGUUUUUAUUUUUCUACAACACUGUCAACGCCCAACGGGGAGGUGAACAUCCUCCCAUUUAGGGAUUCACACUUGACGCUAGUAACCAAAGUUCACUCGGCUUUAAUUCACACACCAAAAAAAAACAAAAAACAAAGAAAGAAAGAAAGGAAAAUGAAAACGAUAAGGGAAGGACUUGAGGAAUCAAAAUGCUGAAGAAGGGAAGAUGUAUUGCGUGUGUAUAUGAUGAAGUGUUCACUCUUUCGCUGUGGUCUUUUUUUUUUUAUGUUUUGUUGAUAUUUGUUGAUAUUUUUCGGUUGAGAAGCAAUGGCCCCUUCUUCAACCCCACCCGUCCGCCAUCUUGUUGAACUGGCAUACACCAAAGCACCUCGGCCUUCUUUUUAUGCACUGGCCCCCCCCCCCCACCCAAUCCUCCUCCUACUUUAUAACUUCAGUACCAAUGCUUGCACCAUUUACACUGUGUACAAUAUCAUUGAAACCGGUCAUCAUGGCAUUAAGACUCAACUUAAUGUAACUAAAGCAGCUGUGAUCUUUUCCUUGUAGCAGUUGUCACAUCAGCAGCCUGAAUCUGUAGCUCUCUCCUCGGUUUCAUCGUCUUUCUUUCUCUCUAACUAAUGUUCGACCAAAGCGUCUCUUUCUCCGAUCAGAGCUUUAACUCCAGAGGAGAAUCCCCCUAAAGGACUGUCUCUGUUUACAUUCUGGUUUACAUAGUUAUUUAUGUGCA